AUGUCCCAGAAGGCUCGCAAUACUGCUGCAGAGCUCUCGGCUCAUGCUGAUGUCCGUGACGUCUCCAGUGCCGUCGCUCGUGCUUGUGCCAGCGCCCUGACUAGUGCUGCCACCAAUAGAAUGUACGCCUUCUAUAGCCUUACUGGAAGCAUCCCCAGUACUGAUCAUCAAAAUCUCAUCCAGGCCCUCACCCUCGGCAACUACUGA